AUGUUGGAGUUAAUUCAGACUCAUCGUAUGGAUAUUCUUUUCGUCUAUGAGCCAAGAAUCAAUGAUGAGAAAGCUAUUUCUGUUGUUAAGUCUUUGGGUUUCCCUUGUUUUGAAAUUGUGGAUGCUGUUGGGUUUUCUAGUGGUUUGUGGUUACUUUGGGAUAAUAGCAAAGUUCAGGUGGAAAUUAUGGGAACGUCAGAUCAAACGAUCUCAGCUUGUGUUUCCUGGAAGGGUGGUUCUUCAUGGUUGUUUACAACUGUUUAUGCCAGUCCUUGUAUCAGAAAACGAGCAAGCUUAUAG